CUAUCCACCCUUGGUUAGGAGUCCCAAGCCUGGUCACUUCCCACCUGCUGAGCGGAGCAGGGAAGGACCGGGAGACCACAGGGCCUUUUUAUAUGCCCGUGUGACUCCUGUUCGUGUCCUGAGUCUGUUCCUCGAGCCUUGUGUUUCUGCAUCCUGCAGGCCUAGGUCACCCCACGUGUGGGGUUUCAGCUGAGCCGCCCACCGCCUGCUCACUUGGCUGCUGCUCGGGAUUUCGGAUGGACCCGGCACAGGUGGAAGCACGUGCAUCAGUGGCAUGUGGAGGUCCGAGGACAACUUUAUGGACUUGGAUUUCCUUCCAGCUUCAUGGCUAUGUGACCUUCGAGGAUGUGUUCGUGGACGUCUCCUGGGAGGAGUGGGGGCUCCUGAACGAGGUUCAGAGGCUGCUGUACCUUGAUGUGAUGCUGGAGAACUUUGCACUUGUGGCUACACUGGGUUGUUGGUGUGAAGCCGAUAAAGAAGAGGCACUUUGUGAGAAGAGUGUUUCUGUAGGAGCGCCACAAAUCAGGACUUCUGAAUCAAGUCUAUUGAUCCAAAAAUCCCACUCACGUGAGAUGUACGACUCACUCAGAAAGAUUAUUUUGCACCUGUCUGAACAGCAUGGCUCAUACCCUAUGCAGAAGCUUCACAGAUGUAGGCUAUAUGGGAGUGAAUUUUUAUUCACUGAAAAACUUCCCCAGCACCAGCAGCAACACUGUGGAGAGAAUCCCUUCAGAGAGGAUCAUAGAGAGACCUCAUUUGUGAAGAGCUGUGCAGCUCAUGUGUUAGGGACACCCUGUACAGGCAGAGAAGAAGGGAUGGACUUGCUGGACAACUCUGGCCUCUUUCAGCACCAGACGCAACGCACAGUGCACAAUGAGGUGAGUCUACACAAAAAGGUUGAAUGCAUGGAGCCUCUCACACACAGCUCCAGGCUUGGGAAACACCAAGAAGAUAAUGAUGGACAGAUGACACUCAAUUGCAGUGAUGACGGGAAAGCCUUCCUGAGCACUUUCACUGUUUUUGAUAACCAGAUACCUCAUACUGAGGAGAAACCCUUUAGAUGCCUGCCAAGUGGCAAGGUGCGCAAGGAGACCUCAACUCUUUUUAAUCACAGAAACGUUCAGAGUGGAGAAACAUCUCAUGUGGGUAAGGAGUGUGGAAAGCCAUUCGUUCACCUGUCCCACCUAAAAAUGCACCAGAAAUUUCACACUAGAAAAAGAUACUACACAUGUAAUGAAUGUGGGAAGAUCUUCAGCCGCAAAGACACACUUAUUCAGCACCAGAGAGUUCACACAGGAGAAAGACCUUUUAAGUGUAGUGAAUGCAACAAAGCCUUCAGCCGUAAAGACACCCUUGUUCAACACCAGAGAUUUCAUACUGGAGAAAGACCUUAUGCAUGUAGUCAGUGUGGGAAAUUCUUUAGCCAAAGUUCCCACCUGAUUGAGCAUUGGAGAAUUCAUACAGGAGCCAGGCCUUACGAAUGCAUUGAGUGUGGGAAAUUCUUCACCCAUAAAUCCAGCCUUCUUAAACAUCGGAGAGUCCACACUGAAGCAAGGUCGUAUGUUUGCAGCAAGUGUGGGAAAGCCUUCAGCUGCAAAGACACACUUGUUCAGCACCAGAUAAUUCACACUGGUGCAAGGCCUUAUGAGUGCAGUCAAUGUGGGAAGGCCUUCAGCCGCAAAGACACACUUAUGAAGCACCAGAAAAUCCACACUGGAGAAAAGCCUUAUGAAUGUGGAGAAUGUGGAAAAUUCUUCAGACAUAGCUCCAACCUUAUUGUACAUCAGAGAAUUCAUACUGGAGCCAAGCCUUAUGAGUGCAGUGAAUGUGGGAAAUGCUUUAGUCACAAUUCUAGCCUCAUUCUUCAUCAGAGAGUUCAUUCUGGAGCAAGGCCUUAUGUGUGCACUGAAUGUGGGAAAGCCUACAUUAGUAGCUCCCACCUUAUUCAGCACAAGAAAGUUCACACUGGCGCAAGACCUUAUGAGUGCAGUGAAUGUGGGAAAUUCUUCAGUCGUAAUUCCAGCCUUGUUCUCCAUCAGAGAGUGCACACUGGAGAAAAGCCUUAUGUCUGCAGUGAAUGUGGGAAAGCCUAUAGUAGAAGGUCCUAUCUUGCACGGCACCAGAAAGCACACAUCAAAGAAAGGCCUCAUCCUUACGACAGUUUUAGUGACCCUUUAGCUGUAUCUCUUAAACUUGUUUAGUAUUAAAAAAAAUCAUGCAAGAGAAAGGCCUUAUGAAAUCUGCCAUUUCGAGUUUUUCAAGCUAAUAGUCACAUUAGAACAAAGUUCUUUGAUUACGCUUUGUGGGGCAACUAUCAUCCUACAAGUUAACCUUGUCCAGUCUCACAUCUAAUCUGGGGAGAGUCCCGGGAAGCAUCCCAUGUGAGAUAUGUUUGACUUUCUAAACUGUCCACAGCUUUUUAAAUUUUUAUUUUUAGACAGGAUCUCACUGUGUCGUCCUGGCUGGCCUGGAACUCAGAGAGCUCAGCCUGCCUCUUCCAAGUGCUAAGAUUAAAGGCAUACACCACCUUGUUCAGCUGGCCGGGGCUCUUGAUUGAGUUAUUUCUCCAGCAGUGUUUGUGUUGGAAGCCAUCUUAAAUUACUAGCAGUUUGUGUCACUCAUUUGUUCUAUGAAGGCAUAUAUUUGCUUGCCUUUCCCUACAGAAAAUCAUGAAUUUUCUGAGAAUGUAGAGGGUCCCCUUCAAAUUAGAUUCUAAGUGAACAUCCAGCUUUGUCUAAAUAGAUCUUAGCUAAAGUCAGCAGAUUUCUAGACAUUUCUUCAUGAAAAACCUUGCAAUAGUAAUGACUUGCCAGAUCCCAACCUUGUAACUGCCGUCUUGUGCUGUUGCUUUCUUUUGUUUGUUUUUGUGAGACAUGGUCUCCCUGUAGCUCCAGCUAGCCUGGAACUCGCUCUCCCAAGUGCUGGGAUUAAAGCUUGCACCACCGUGCCCAGCUGCUGUUGCUUUAUAAAGACAAAGGCACAUUAUGACAUCCUUUAUUGGUGGUUCUGUUUACAUUGUGGAGUGGAUUGAGAAAGAAGUUAGGUUCUGCCAAGAUGGAAUGAGGGUUACUCUGUAGACACAACGUUUACCCCACAAAGGGACACAAGAGAGCAGAGUUCUCAUUCUAAUUUGGCUCAAUGUACCCUGUUGCUGUUGACCUACUAGAAAAGUCUGCAGUUCCAAAUUCUGUAUUUGAUUGUAAGGUGGUCUUGUGAGCCCAGUGCUCACCCCGAGGUGAUAGUUGGUGUGAAAAUCUCCUGCACUCCUGGAAGCAACGUGAGUUGGGACCUUGAAUGUCACAAAUUCCCCAGCGUGGCUGAGAGGUUGCUAUCUCUUGGACCUAUACAGUGCAGUAGCAAGCCUCUCAUAUCCUGGCUCCCAUAGGCAACUGCCACUGAUCUUUAAAGACCUACAAAGCAAGGUGUGACUCAUAAGUGGUACAGGAACACUGAAAUAAUGGGGUGGGGUAACCGGCAGACAAAAAUUUGUUUAUUCUAAAGGAUCAUCUCCAAAUGUCCAUGCAUUUAUGGCCAUGUGGAGUGAGGAUUUACAAAAAUUCUCUAAGUCUCUGGAUACUUGUAUCUUCUGUGGCCAAGGCCACUAUCAAAGUAGAUGAUCUCCCUCUUCUGACCUCUUGGUGUAUUGCACAGUACAGGUGCACUUACAUACAUGCAGGCAAAACAUACA